UAAUAAAAUUAGAUUAUUAAUCAUAACAUUAUAAAUAUGAACCAAGAAAUCAGACAAGAAGUGCUGAACCUGAUGGAUAGAAAAGAAAGGAUUGAAAAUGAAAUAAAGGAAUUGACUGAUGUUUUACACUCGAAUGGUGUACAAAUGAAUGACCCUCUCGUUGAUGCUGAAGGAUAUCCCAUCAACUCAAUAGACAUUUAUCAAGUAAGGCAUGCUCGAAAUAAAAUCAUAUGUUUACAGAAUGAUCAUAAGGCUCUGAUGAAAGAGAUAGAACAAGGGCUCUAUGGUUAUUAUUCCUCAUCUAACUUACUAGCCAAUCACGAUGUGGAAAUGGAAGAAAGAUCUAAUAAGAUGGUCCACAAAUUACCAUUCGCAAAGAUUAAUAUAGUUAGUGAUGAUUCACCAGCACAAUUUUCUGGUUUGAAUGUGGGUGAUGAAUUGGUAGAAUUUGGAUCUAUAAACAAAGGCAAUUUCAAAAGUUUAAGCGACAUUGCUGCAGUCGUUCAACAUUCAGAAGGAAAAUCUUUGAAUGUGAAAGUGAAACGAGGUGAUCAAUUUGUAACAACUGAAUUAAGACCAAAAAGAUGGAAGGGAAGGGGUCUAUUAGGAUGCAACAUCAUCCCACUUGAAUAAAUCUUAUUUUAAUUAUUAUUUGUUCAUCAUGCAUCAUAUAUCUAGAGUGGUAAAACUUUGUAUACUGGUGAAAUUUUAGUGAAUAAAGAAAAACAAUCAACUUCGA